UGAAGAUUGAGAGAGGAAAAGAGGAUUGAGAUGAUUAAAGUUUGAUACAAAAAAUACACUUUAUGUUUAUCGAGUUAGUUGGUACUUGUAAUCGUCAAGUAACAGUGACAGUUAACCCGUUCUCGUGGUUUCUUUUGUAAUAGUAUCGAUAAUAUCAGAAUAGAACAGUUCAAAUAACGAAAAUUUUAUAUCAAAAUGUUACCAAUUGUGUUUACCUGUUUAAUUGUUAUCAGUUUAUCUUCAGUCUCUUGUUAUCCCUCCGGUGCUCCAGAGGAAACAUGUAGUUCGUUGUCACCCGAACAUGGCCAUGGUGUUCCCUCGCAGCCCGUGGCUCAGGCUCCUUUCUAUGUUGUCGCUCAUGGGAAAAAGUUUUCUCCCGGUGAUAAAAUUGGCGUUGAAGUUUUCCAACGGGAUAAAGUUGCCACUUUCAAAGGAUUUUUAGUUCAAGCUCUGGAUUCGGUUACCCACCAGCCCAUUGGUUCAUUCAUGUCGACGACGGGAAUGCAACCAAUUAACUCGUGCUCAGCAAUUACCCACACCGACCCAAGGCCUAAGAAGGGUGUUAAUCUUGUUUGGGAAGCGACUGUCCCUCAACCCGGUGAAGUAAUUUUCAGAGCAACAAUCGUACAAAACAAGAAGCUUUAUUACGCCAACAUACUCGCCUAUGAGGCCGAACAGUUCUACUCGACAUAAUGAACCUUUUAUACCAUCGAACGCAUCGAAGUUAAUUGUAAAUGCACAUUCAAUUUCUCUCUCUCUCCUUUUCUUUCGGUCAUAAUAAUCACUAUGUGAGCGAUUAAGCAUGAAUUGUGACAAUCAUCUUUUUCAUCAAUUUCGUCAUCAUCUUCAUCCUUUUUCUUUACCCUCUUGGUUCAUCAUCUUUAACAAAUCAUUUUAACUACUUUCUCUCUGCUCUGAUUCAUCUAUUUUCAUCAAUAAUACAAAUAAUAAAUUGUUACUUAUUUACUGAUUGUUCUAACAAAUCAGUUAGCCCGGUGACCAUUCAACUAAUCAUUACAAAAGUAAUAAUGAGUGAAGGUGGGGUUAGUAUGGGGUAGAAGAGAAAAAGUGAAAGAAAAGAUUGUUCAAUGUUCCUCUCUGAUGGUCACCAUUUACUAAUAAAUUCAUAUAUUUAUCACUCAUUUAUUAUUAAUAUCAACAAUAAAAAUAGAAAACCAAUAAAAUAUUGAUCACUUUUCUAUUGAGAUUUGAUAAACUAAAAUAA